CUUUAACAAGAGCAGUUUCACUCUGACCUUUGUGAUCUAAAUUCAACAUACAGUAUGCUGUAAAACAAGUGCUGUGGAUGUUGAAAAAGCACACAAAGAAAUAACAGUACCUUAUAUGUUCUUUUUGUGGAUCUGACAUCGCAAGCUCAUGUUAGCACUCAUGAAUUUCCUUCCUGCUUUUGAAAAUAUUAGCAGUUAGCAUUCAUCAGCACACUGAGAGAGUUUGAGCUUUGACUAGGUAUCGGAUUGCACCCUUACACUGUGCAAGAUGAGGCGAAGCGGAACCCCUCUUUCUAAGCAACAAUCAACACCCAACUUCAGGAGGGAAAUGCCACGUCAGUUCACGAAGAUCUCCCUCCACGAGGUGGACGAGAAGAUGUGUCUCCUGGCAGAGAAGGUUUAUGCCUCAGCUCUCAAGGAAGAAGACAGCAAGAGCACCAUGUCCAUGUUCACCGUCCCUGAGGACUGUCCCAUUGGCUUGCAACAGGCCAUGGAGUGGGAGCUACGCAAAGAGCUAGCUGAGCAGAAAUCAGAAGAAUCUGUGAAAAGGAAACAGAGUUUCAAGCUUAUGCGCUCCCAAUCAAUGUCCUUGCAGAUUCCCACUGCUCGAGACUGGGCUAUGUCUGUUAUUUCACCUCUGUUGACCCCUACCAUAGAGACAGACUCUAUACCUAUCAAUAUUCCAGAAUUCCAGAGGGUCACCAUCAGUGGAGACUACUGUGCAGGGAUAACAGUCGAAGACUAUGAGCAGGCAGCCAAAGCUCUGCUGGCAGCACUCUUCAUCAGAGAAAAAUAUUCUCGGCUGGCAUACCACCGCUUCCCUAGGACCACUGCCAGAUUUCUAAGGAGUGCCAAUAACGAAAAAUGGAGUGAGGAGGAAGAAGUGCUGCCAGAUAUCUGCCCCUGUCCAAGUGAGGGUCAGGAUCCUUACAGUAUGGAAGACAUCCCACAGAAUCUGAAUUACUGCCUGAAGAUGAAAGAUGGAAUCAUAUACGUUUAUGAUAAUGAGGAUGCCCUAAAACAGGAUCAGCCAAGGAGUUUGCCGUAUCCCGACAUGGAAACCUUUGCUAUUGACUUGAGCCAUGUCCUUGCCAUGAUUGCAGAUGGGCCGACGAAGACCUAUUGUCACAGAAGGCUUAACUUUCUGAUGUCCAAGUUCCAUCUACAUGAAAUGCUGAAUGAGAUGGCAGAGUUGAAGGAACUGAAAGGCGUUCCUCACAGAGACUUCUACAAUGUCAGAAAGGUUGAUACUCACAUUCAUGCAGCUGCCUGCAUGAACCAGAAGCAUCUUCUCAAGUUCAUCCAGGACACUUAUCAAACAGAAGCAGAGCGUGUGGUUCUGGAGAAGAAUGGCAAGAAAAUUACCCUCAAACAGGUGUUUGACAAUCUAAAAAUGGACCCUUAUGAUCUCACAGUAGACUCGCUGGAUGUUCACGCUGGUAGACAAACGUUUCAUCGUUUUGAUAAGUUCAAUUCCAAAUACAACCCAAUGGGUGCAAGUGAGCUCAGGGAGAUCUACCUCAAAAGUGAUAACUACAUCGAUGGAGAAUAUUUUGCACGUCUCAUCAAGGAGGUUGCUCAUGAGUUGGAGGAGAGUAAAUAUCAGCAUGCAGAACCCCGUCUCUCUAUUUAUGGCCGAGCUCCUGAAGAGUGGGAGAGCCUGUCAAAAUGGUUUAUCAAGCACAAGUUGCACUCCCCUAACAUGAGAUGGAUCAUACAGGUGCCCAGGAUCUAUGACAUAUUCAAAUUAAAGAAGAUAAUUCCCAACUUUGCCAAAAUGCUAGAGAACAUCUUUCUCCCACUGUUCCAGGCCACUAUUAACCCUCAGGCGCACAAACAAACGCAUGUCUUCUUGCAACACGUAACAGGGUUUGAUAGUGUGGAUGAUGAGUCUAAACACAAUGAUCACAUAUUCACCUAUAAAAGUCCAAAACCUGAAGAGUGGACCCAAGAGGAAAACCCUCCAUACACAUAUUACCUGUUCCACAUGUAUGCCAACAUCAUGGUCCUCAACAACCUGCGCAAGGAGCGUGGUCUCAAUACCUUCCAGUUCCGUCCUCACUGUGGUGAGGCAGGAUCCAUCACUCAUCUGGUGUCAGCUUUCCUCACUGCUGACAACAUCUCUCAUGGACUGAACCUGAAGAAGAGUCCUGUGCUGCAGUACCUGUUUUACUUGGCCCAGGUGCCCAUUGCCAUGUCUCCUCUCAGCAACAACAGCCUGUUCCUGGAGUAUUCCAAGAAUCCUCUCAGGGAGUUCCUGCAAAAGGGCCUGUGUGUUUCCCUCUCCACAGAUGACCCAAUGCAGUUCCAUUACACUAAGGAGGCCUUGAUGGAGGAGUAUGCCAUAGCAGGCCAGCUGUGGAAGCUGAGUACAUGUGAUCUGUGUGAGAUCGCCAGAAAUAGUGUUCUUCAGAGUGGUUUGUCUCAUCAGGAGAAGAAGCACUUCCUGGGUGAGAAUUAUCUACAAGAUGGACCAGAGGGAAAUGAUAUCCAUAUGACUAAUGUGGCACAGAUCCGUAUGGCUUAUCGGCAUGAGACCUUGUGCAAUGAGCUCAGCUUCCUUGUGGAUGCAGUCAAGUCUGAAGCCGUGGCUGCACAAGCCCUGUAAAUACAGCAGAGUGAAAGACAGGGUAAAGCCUGGGUCCAUACAAGUGGACCAGACCACAAGUGACAGUGAAAACCUUAUCUCGCUACUGUAAAUGUAGCAGACAUCAUGCACAACAGAGCCACUGUGUACUCUUUGGGGCAAUAUCAUUCCCUGCACAGUAGCAAGCCAUGGACCCAUGUCUCUUAGUGCCUUAUAAAUGAUGGGUAUAUCCAUUCUCAUAGUGCCUAAUAAGUGAUGGAUAUAUCCACUUCACAUUAUGAAUCCAUUCAUUGAAAAUUAAAGGAUCUGAUACAAUGUUACUGUAUUUUGCAUGGAUUCUGAAAAUGUUUUUCUUUUUUCUUUUAAGGGAGCAUAUAAAUUUGUUACCUUUUAUAAAAGGAGUCUCUGGGCUUGUGACUUCAACAAUGUAUUUUUUUAUUCAGUUGAAUGUUUUAUGUAAAACAGAGAGUGGCACAGAAACUAGACCUAUUAUCUGCCUUGAGGAACCAGUUUGUUUGCAACUUGAUAUUCUUGGACAUGGGGCAACCCAUGGGGUAGAGCUUUAUAUUUGUUGCAUUAUAGAUUUGAGUACUUAACACACAUUGUUUACACCACCACAGACUGUUAGGGAUUUUUGUAAAGAAUGUGAUACAAUAUAAGGGUGCUGAGGUUUGGAAGAGCAUUUUAAAAAUAUAUGAACGCUGAAUAUGUUAAAAAUAAAUAAAUUAAAAAUCUUUAAAGCAUUCAUAAUCUAAAAUUAAUAAACAGGAUUAUAUGUCCUAUAAAAAAAA